CGAGGUGGGCCCCGGCCCCGCGCUGCUCUCCCGGCCCGCGCGCGAGGCGAGGCGCAGGGGAAAUCCCGGCGCGCAGGCGGAGACUGGAGGCCCCGAGUUGCGAGCGCUCGUGCGGCAUCCCGCGGAGCGGGGGGUGCUCCGUAGACCCCUCCGGCAAGAAAGGCGCUCCGCUGGCGCCGGGGUCCGGCCGCGCCUUCCGGCGGGCAGAGAUCCGGGGCAGCCUUCGUGCCUAGACGCCGGGGUCGGCCUGCUGACCAGCUCAGCGCCCAGCCCGCUCCGCCCUGCUCUGUCCCGCUCCGCAGGCCCCACAGCAAUCCGCAUGGCCUCGGCCCCCGCUGAGGACGUGGCGCGCGGACGGCGGGAGCGGCGGAGGCGGCUGGACGCGCGGCGCAGCAAGUGUCGCAUCCGCCUGGGCGGCCGCAUGGAACGCUGGUGCCGCCUCAAGGAGCGCCUGGGCUUCGCGCUGCAUUCGCAGCUCGCCAAGUUCCUGCUGGACCGGUACUUGUCCUCAGGCUGCACCUUCUGCGCAGGCCCGGAGCCUCUGCUCCCCAAGAGUCUGCAGCAUCUGGUGCUUCUGUGCCACGCACACAGCCGCGAAUGUGGCCUGGCACCUGAGCUGCGGGGACCUGCAGACCGCGGGGAGCUGGUAUGGGAGUGCUCGGCCGGCCACAGCUUCUCCUGGGAGCCCCCACUGUUUCCUGCGCCUGCGGGGGCGCCCAAGCAGGCCUGGAGGAGCGGACAGGAGCUUGCAGGUCUGGAACCUAAGCGCCAUGGGGCCACUGCAGAAGCCCAGCUGCUGGGGGAGGUGGGACCCCCACCGGAGAUCUUGCCACCCCCAAGAGAGGAAGAGGAUGAGAACGAAGAGCUGCUGAGUGAUGCCAGCCCAUGGAGCUACAGCUCAUCCCCAGAUGACGAGUCAGAUGUGCCCAGGCCACCCACGACCCCUGCCACCUGCAUGCCUGAGGAGGGGGAGACACAGACAGUCCCCACUUCUCCUGAGCCAUCCCAGCCAGGUUCCCCACUGCACCCUGGGGCACCUCCAACCUCAGAAGCUGAGGUCCAGCUGGAGCUCAAGGAGACUCCACAGGCCGAGCCUCACGCCAGCCCCAGGAGUCAGCCCCUGCCCCCUUUGACACUGGCCCAGGAUGAGGACACCGCACAGAUUGGACCCAAGAGAAUCCGGAAAGCUGCAAAGAAGGAGCUGAUGCCCUGUGACUUCCCUGGCUGCGGCAGGAUCUUUUCCAAUCGGCAGUAUCUAAAUCACCACAGGAAGUACCAGCACAUCCACCAGAAGUCCUUCUGCUGCCCAGAGCCAGCCUGUGGGAAGUCCUUCAACUUCAAGAAGCAUCUGAAGGAGCAUGUGAAGCUGCAUAGCGACACCAGGGACUACAUCUGCGAGUUCUGCGCCCGCUCCUUCCGCACCAGCAGCAACCUGGUCAUCCACAGACGCAUCCACACCGGGGAGAAGCCUCUACAAUGUGAGAUUUGCGGGUUCACCUGCCGCCAGAAGGCCUCCCUGAACUGGCACCGGCGCAAGCACGUGGAGACCGCGGCAGCCCUGCGCUUCCCCUGCGAGUUCUGCGGCAAGCGUUUCGAGAAGCCGGACAGUGUGGCGGCUCACCGCAGCAAGAGCCACCCGGCCCUGCAAGAGCCGCUGGGCCCCACAGAGCCCUGUGCUGCCCUCUCUGCCUCAAAAGUCCUGGGGUCCCCAGAGGGGUCCGGGCCACCUCCUGCCCCGCAGGCUCCAGCCUCAGUCCCUCAGCAGUGAGUCCCAGCUUCAGUGGAGGACAAGGACCAGGGAUGGGAGUAGAGGGCCUAGGGAAAGGCCACGCGCCCAGCCCCAGGAAGGCUGAGGGAGCACAGGGCAGGGCGAGACAGGCCCAGGAGGCACGGCUGGCUGCCUAUCUGCAAAAGGGAAGAAUAAACAGGAUUUUACGAGUGUA